CCCCUGCGGGUGCCUCGGCUCUCUGUGCCCGCCGCGCUGGCGGUGGGCUCGGCCGCGCUAGGCGCCGCCUUCGCCACUGGCCUCUUCCUAGGGAGAUGGUGUCCCCCAUGGCGAUUCCGACGAGAGCAGCGCCUGCUGCCCCCUGAAAACAGUCCCCUGUGGCAAUAUCUGCUGAGCCGUUCCAUGCGUGAACACCCGGCGCUGCGGAGCCUGCGGCUGCUGACCCUGGAGCAGCCACAGGGGGAUUCCAUGAUGACCUGCGAGCAGGCCCAGCUUCUGGCCAACCUGGCACGGCUCAUCAAAGCCAAGAAGGCGCUGGACCUGGGCACGUUUACUGGCUACUCCGCCCUGGCACUGGCCCUGGCACUGCCCCCUGCCGGGCGCGUGGUGACCUGCGAGGUGGACGCGGGGCCCCUGCGAGUUGGCGCUGACCUGCUCCUUCCGCAGGCGGAGAUGGAGCACAAGAUCGACCUCCGGCUGAAGCCCGCCCUGGAGACCCUGGAUGAGCUCCUGGCCGCGGGCGAGGCCGGCACCUUCGACGUGGCCGUGGUGGACGCGGACAAGGAGAACUGCGCCGCCUACUACGAGCAGUGCCUACAGCUGCUGCGACCCGGAGGCGUCCUUGCAGUCCUCAGUGUCCUUUGGCAUGGAAAGGUGCUGCAGCCUCAGCAUGGGGACGUCGCGGCGGAGUGCGUACGAACUCUGAACGAGCGCAUCCGGAGGGACGUCAGGGUUCACAUCAGCCUCCUGCCCCUGGGUGAUGGCCUCACUUUAGCCUUUAAGAUCUAGGGCUGGCCCCUAGUGAGUGGCUUGGGGGGAAGGCACCUGGGAAUGCUAGGCUUUGCCUGAGACUUAAAUCCAAUAAAGUGGGGCUGGGACACACGA